AGCACCAGCAGAUUGUGUGAAAUGACUACUUUCACUUCCUACAACAGAAAGCGACUGACAGUUUCUAUCUGUAGACAGUAGAUGUAGUGUACACAAAGUAAUCUAAUAGGCGAUUUUGACAGUAGCAACAGUUUCUUUUUUCCAGUGUUUACAGCAUAUUGGUGUGGAAGCAACACAAUGUGCUAAACACAGAGAAGAGAGAGGGGGAUGUGAUCACUUUGACAGUUCAUUAAGGAGUGCCACUUGGCAGGAGUUGGUGACAGUUCUGCUGUAAAUAUGGGUCAGAUAGAAGAAGCCAAGGCAUCGUGCCUCAACAUCCUCACCUACCACAGAGAGUUACUGGUGUCCAGGCUGAGGAGUAUUCAAUGCAUCCUGGACAACCUGUUGGCCUGUGGCUUUGUUUGUGAAGAAGAUGUUGAGAUCGUACAGCGAACUGCCACCAAGACGGAUCAGGUGCGCAAAAUCUUGGAGCUAGUCCAAUGCAAAGGGGAGGAGGCCUGCGAAUACUUUAUUUACGUCAUCUAUAAAGUGUGUGAUGCAUACAUAGACCUCCAGCCGUGGUUGAAAGAGAUCAGCUACAACCCGAAAAGUGAUGUAACGGUGAUGACAGUGGUCAACACAGAUCCCAUCAGCAGGUAUUGUGGGAAGUUGAGGCAUGAGAUGAGCCGGGACACCAGCUUCAUCAUGUCAUACGGCCAGCGAGAGGAGACCCGUUUGGAGGACCUAUACACUGACACACUGAUGGAACUGUUCAACGACACCAAUGAAAGUUUGGGCUUCUUGGAGAGUCUGGACCAGCUCCUAGGAGACCAUGCGGUCUUCAAUCCCCAAGGUGAAACCAUCUACGUGUCGGGGGAUGCCGGUGUGGGAAAAUCCAUCCUCCUGCAGAAGCUCCAGAACCUCUGGUCCAGGAAAGAGCUGCAGACGGACGCCAUCUUCUUCUUUAAGUUCCGCUGUAGGAUGUUCAGCAUCUUCAAGGACACAGACCAGAUCUCCCUCAGAGACCUAUUGUUCAAAUACAACUGCUACCCAGAUCUUGAUCCAGAUAAUGAGGUGUUUGACUACAUCCUGCGCUUCCCUGAGAAGGUUCUUUUUACAUUCGAUGGCUAUGAUGAGAUUCAGAUGAAAGACCUGAUGAACGUUCCUGAAGUGGUGUCACCAGAAGUCAAGGCACACCCCCUCCAGCUGCUCAACAGCUUGCUCUGUGGGAAACUACUCAAGGGCUCCCAGAAGGUGCUGACGGCCAGGACAGGAACCGAGAUACAGAGUAGGGUGAUCAGAAAGAAGGUGGCUCUGCGGGGGUUCUCCCCAGCUCAUCUGAAGACCUACAUUGAUCUGCACUUCAAGGAGCAGGAGCACCGAGAGCUGGUGUCAGUUCAGCUGGAUGCAAGCCCCCACCUCUGUGGCCUCUGCUCCACCCCGCUGUUCUGCUGGAUUGUAUUCAAGAGCUUUACGCACCUGCACACCAUGCAUGAUAGUUUUCACCUGCCUGAAACCUGCAUCACACUCACGGGCAUUUUCCUCCUGCUGUCUGAGGUGUUCCUCAGCCGCUCAGCCUCACCCGCGCCAUCUCUGCUGAAGAAAAGCACUCGGUGUGUCUCGGAGACAUUCAAAGCAGGGCUCAGGCCUCUCGCAGCGUUUGCCAAUCUAGCACUUCAGGAAAUGGAGAGAGGUAGCUUCAUUUGCAGCCAAGAGGAGAUCACUGCGUGUGGCCUGACAGAGGAGGACCUGACCCUGGGCUUUCUUAGACCUGUCAGUGAGAAUGAUGCAAGUGGAAGCCCUGCUACAUUUGAAGUCCUCCAUGUCACCCUCCAGUCCUUCCUGGCGGCGUUUGCUCUAGUGUUGGAUGAGCAGGCUGCUGCCAGCUCCAUCCUCAAGUUCUUCGCUGAGUGCAGCAGGAAAAGAGAAUCAAUGUGUCUGCCUUUUGACUUCUGCAUCAGUGGCUCCUCAAAGUCCAGUGAAAAGACGCCAUUUGCAACUAAUGAGCACCUUCAGUUCACCAAUCUGUUCUUGAGUGGACUGCUGUCCAAGGCUCACACCGGCCUGAUGGAGCAUCUGGUAUCUCCUGUGUUAUUAAAGAAAAAACGGGCCUUACUAAAAUCCUACCUUUCCACCAGUGUAAAGUCCCAUCUCCAUGGCUUACCCCACUACAACAGUGACAUUGGCAGGAUCGUUCAUGUUUUGCCCAACUUCCUGUGGAUGCUGAGGUGCAUCUUUGAGACAGGGAGCAAAGACAUCGCUCAGAUGACAGCGAAAGGCAUCACAGCUGGCAUCAUCAAGCUGGGUUACUGUAACGUGUACUCAGGUGACUGCACCGCCCUGAACUUUGUACUGCAGCACCGUCAGAAGUUCCUGGGCCUUGACAUGGACAACAACAACAUCAGUGACUAUGGGGUGAAGCAGCUGAAGCCCUCCUUUUGUAAGAUGACAAUAGUGAGAUUGAGUGUCAAUCACCUGUCAGACAGCAGCAUUGAGGUUCUUGCAGAGGAGCUGUGUAAGCACAAAGUUGUGGAGUUCUUGGGGCUUUACAACAAUCACAUCACAGAUGUUGGAGCCAAGCUAGUGGCUCAGAUAAUUGAGGAAUGCCCAAAGCUGCGAGUCGUCAAGAUUGGUAAAAACAAGAUCACUAGUGUUGGUGGGAGGUAUUUGGCCAGCGCAAUUCAGAGGAGCACUUCUAUAUUUGAUGUGGGAAUGUGGGGGAACAGCAUCGGCGACGAGGGAGCAGAAGCAUUCGCAGAAGCUCUGAGGCACCACCCGAGCCUUACCAACCUCAGUCUCUCAGCCAAUGACAUCACAUCUAAAGGUGGGAAGUGCCUGGCGGAAGCUCUGAAAGAGAACAGCACGCUCAGGAUAUUGUGGUUGGUGCAGAACGAGUUGACUGAUGAUGCAGCUCCACACUUGGCUGAGUUGGUCCAAGCGAACACAGGUUUAAUCCACCUCUGGUUAAUCAGCAACCAGUUCACCGUGGAUGGGAUCAAACAUCUCGCUGAUGCUCUUACUCACAUCACAGCAGUCAAAGACAUAUGUGUGAAAGGAAACCAGCUCACUGAGGAGGAAGAGAAACUGUUUGUGACAGAGAAAAGGCUGCAGUUCCACUAGCUGGGCACUCACGUGAGACGUGCAUGUGCUGAGUAACGUCUGUAGUGUGUGUGUGUGUGUGUUCACUGUAUGCAUGCACAGUGGUACAGUGUGCUGUAUGAUUUUACCUGGGCGCAACUGUUUUGCUGUGGGCACAAAGUCUGACAAUAGGCCUCUUCAUUGCCAUUCUAUCAAGUUUCCUUCCUGGCAGCUACUGCAUUAACAAACUACUUGCUACAGGAAAUACAAGUUUGGAAAUACUGCAUACGCAUUACAUCACUCAUUGCUGAGGAGAAACUGUCGGUUUCAUGUAGGAGAUUUUUACCUGGAAUUUCGACCAAAUGUUUGACAGUUGACAUGACUGUUAAGAAAAAAGGAAGUGCAAGCAUUGAUGAAUAGGAGGAAAGCAAACCAAUGACUUCCCUCUUCAUGAACAUUUGUAUAGACUUCAGUUGCAUGUUUUGAUUUGUAUGUAUAUAUAAACAAUAAGUAUUCUAUUUAUUAUUUUACUAUUACUCAUAUUACAGUUAAUUUUCCACAUAGCUGGUGGAUUGUGUUGACAUGUACUUCAAUGUGAAAAGAGUGAAUAAUGUUUACUGUUUGUGCAAAGAUAUACAGAUACCCUUUACUACCCAGAUCAGAUACCCUUCUGAAUGUUUCAGUUGCAUGACAUCAGUGUAUGAAUUUCUCCUGAUGGACUCUUGACAGUGCUAUCAACAAAAUAAAAAUCAACACAGAAAUCUCUUUGCAGGAAAGUUUGUCCUUUUCACAGUGCUAGUUGCAAGUGCAAAAUGAGCUUCGGAUGUGUGUUAUCAGCGUUGGCAAGUAGGUGACUUUUCUUAUUUGAUACGAUGUGAAGUCAUCUGUUGUCCUCCACAGAGAAAAGGUAAUGUAAUUAUGAAGUUUAUGUGCAUGAUAGACAGAUAUGUGAGAUGAUUGAUAUCAUGCGUUCAACAACUUGAACAGAAAUUUGAGUUAUCUUUGGAGGGACUUGAUGUUUCAUGUUUUCUCUCUUUAUUUGAUAAAUAAACUUAAUCUGUUGAACUCUGACAAGUGAAGUAGUUAACAGAGAUCUUAAAAACCAAGUUUAUUAUUAACCAUGAGACUCAAUUUUAUUGGCAGCAACCUAUUUGCACCUGCUUCCUGCUGACAAAGGCACGACUAUACACGGUUUAAAGUUUCCUGUGUUUGUGUUUCUAUAAAACAAAAACUACACAAGAUCUGAAAUGACUGUUCUCACCAAACUGGAAGCCACACACGUUUAGCUUCAAACACUUAUUCAUCUGUGAUGACGGCAGAAUCCUUACAUCUACAUGCUGUGGCCAAAACUGUGGGUCUAUAACUGAUCUGACUUGACUUUCCAGCCCUGAUACUCUUCAUUCCUCUCUUCGAUUUUAAUUUUUUUUACUCUAGAAAUUGGAUAUCUACAGUAGUGGUUGUCCUUUUCGCGAGUGAUAAAAAA